UUUAUAUGAUUCCAUAUAUACAAUAACGUCACUGUUUCCUCGGGCUUAUAAAUUAUCGGCGCCGAUAUCCCAGUUUCAAAAACAGUGCCACCAUGAAACCGAGUGUGUUCCAUUCAAAGACGAUGAUUGUUCUUGCAUCUGUUGUCAUCGUAUUAUGUUCUCUUUCCACAUCUGAAGCACAAAAGAAAGUACCCGCCGAAGUAGUAGCGAAAUGGAACGAACUGGUAAUGCCCUAUCACAAACUUUGCCUAAACGAAACUCACGACAAACCUGAACCCAUCAUCCACAUGCUGGCGGAUUACACUAUUCCAGAUGAAAAAUCCAUUCAUUGCUAUUGGAAAUGCUUCCACGAGCAUGCCAAAUUUUUAUCUAACGGAAAAUUUGAUAUUGAUGUUAUGUUAAAGCUGGUAUACAGCUUGCCACGGGAGUUAGCGGAAAAAUGUAUUGUGCAAGGCGAAGCAGAGUCCGACAUUUGUCAAAAAUCGUACACACUUGUCCAAUGCAUAGUGAUGGCUGAGGUGGUAUAAAUUUGCUGGUGCGUCAAGGUCUAGGAAUUUAAUGUUAUGUAAUUAUGUUACAAGGUUUAGAUUGUAAGUGUAGGUAUUUGAUGUAAAAUAUACAGGUUGUAUAUAUAAAUGUACAUACAUUUUAAAUAAGAGGGCUAAUUAUAAAUGAAUGUGCAACAAUCG